AUGGGCAUAGACUGGGCAUGGCUGGGUGCCGGGCCUAGUGUGGGCCAGUCCUGUGAAGUGGACAAUGAGGAUGUGAAUGAUGUAAACUUCGAUGGUCCCCAGGUCCCCAGGGCUGUGUGUGUGUGCACGUGUGUAUGCGAUGAGGUUUGGUUGACCCCUCCCCAGUCCUUCUCCCUGUCCUCUGGAUUUGAACCUGGGGCCGCCCCAAGUGCCGACUCACCUUUCCUGGAUCCCCAGGUGCUGCCCUCUCUCCCCUGCUCCUUGUCCACGUACUGCCUCAGCCCACCUCCCCCCGGGCAGUUCUGGUGCUGGGACGUCUUCUCAAAACGUGUAUCUAGCACCUUCUACAUACCAGGGAUGGCAAACCACGAGAACGGUCUCACCGCCCUGCCUCAGACCCCAUCACCCCCUCCUCUGCCUCCUCCUCCUGCAGGGUUCCUGUGCCUGUGCACUGAGAAUGUCCUGGUCUUUGUCUUGGGUAUCACCAUCCUGGGUGUGUGCCACUACACGCUUACUGUCAAGGGCAGCCACCUGGCCGUUCAUGGUGCCCUCACCGAGUCCAAACGCUGGAGCAAGAUCUGGCUGCUUUUCUUUGUGGAGGUAUGCACGGCCUUCACUGCAGAGCACGCCAAGCACGGACAUGUCAAGAUGCACCACGCCUACACCAACGUGGUGGGCCUGGGGGACUCCAGCACGUGGAGGCUGCCUUGUCUCAACCGCUAUGUCUACAUGUUCCUCGCUCCUCUCUUAAUCCCCAUCAUAACCCCACUCGUGGCUGUAGAACGGCUGAGGAAGGUGGAGCUCAGGACGGCUCUGCGGACACUGGGCCUGAUUUCCCUGGGCCUGUAUUCUCACUACUGGCUGCUCCUAAACGUGUCAGGCUUUAAGAGCCCCAGCUCAGCCCUGGCCUGCAUGCUUCUCACCAGAUCCCUGCUGGCUCACCCCUACCUCCACGUCAACAUCUUCCAGCACAUCGGGCUGCCCAUGUUCUCCCGGGACAACAAGCCCCGACGAAUCCACCUGAUGAGCAUGGGGGUGCUCAACCUGCCCCGACUGCCUGUGCUGGACUGGGCGUUCGGCCAUUCAAUCAUCAGCUGCCACGUGGAGCACCACCUCUUCCCCAGGCUCUCCGACAACAUGUGCCUGAAGGUGAAGCCCGUGGUGUCCCGGUUCCUCCACGAGAAACAGCUGCCAUACAAUGAGGACUCAUACCUGGCUCGCUUCCGGUUAUUCCUCCACCGCUAUGAGGAGUUCAUGGUGCAGGCCCCACCGAUCACUGAGCUCGUGGGGCUGCCAUGAGGCCGGGCCAGUGCUGCUGCCCCUGCCUCCUUCUGGCCCAGCCCUGGCCCUUCUGCUGCUGCUGGCCCGGGGUUGUGGCUCAGUAGAUGGUGGUG